AUGCCAUCAAAAAAACGAAAAUAUAAUGCACGAUUUCCGGCUGGCCGAAUUAAAAAAAUUAUGCAGACGGAUGAAGAAGUUGGGAAAGUAGCACAAGCUGUUCCAGUUAUAAUUUCUCGUACUUUAGAAUUAUUCGUCGAAUCAUUAUUAACCAAAGCAAUGGAGAUAACAAAUGCAAAGAAUGCGAAAACUUUAUCACCAUCACAUAUGAAACAAUGUAUUCUAUCAGAAAGUCGUUUUGAUUUCCUAAAAGACUUAGUGAAAAAUAUUCCAGAUAUCAAUAACGAAGAUAAUAUAGAAAAUACAUCAACAAAUAAUUCAAAUUCAUCGCCUACCACACCAAUUACCGGAGGUAGUAAUUCAUUUGAAACAUCACCAUCAGCAUCAGCAUUAUUAUCAACAAUUUCAUCGUCAACUUCAAAAGUACCUCAUCAUCAAACGCCAUCAGCCACAGUUGCAAUACCACAUUGUAGCAAUCAAAUGAAAGAAGUUCCAAAUAAAACUUCCACCUUACUUUCACCACCACCAUUAGUCCCACAUAACUCACCAUACAACACCCUAUCAACAAGUUAUUCUGCUAACUUUUAUACAGAACAACAUCCAAGUACAACUACACCCUCCAUUUCAUCCCUCACCAAUCCACCGGUGAAACCUCCCACACCCUCGGUGAUUCAGUAUAAUACAACAAUAGUCGGUGCAUCAUCGAGUAUUGUUAAUUCGAAUAAUGGACCACCGCCUCAGCCAAUAUUUCAUAUAGCUAUUAAAAACCCGGAUGAUUCAAAAUCAAGCUCUGAUAUACCACCUUUAAUUCCAAUUAUGCAACAUUCGGAUAUUAAUUUAUAUAAUUUUAGUUCUAAUAAUGACAAUUUAUGUACUGAUGACGAUUAUGAUAAUUAGAGAAUGCAAAACCAUGUAUUCUGACUGCUGAUUCAACAAAAUUUCAAUAACGCACAUCCCAUCUUUGUUCCAGUGAAAAUAUUUUUAUAAAAUAU